AUGGAUCACCUAGACAUUCUUCCUGAUUUAAUAUUGUUGUCCGAGCCAACUGGUUACUCACGGUGUUAUAUUCCUGGAUCAUCUUUUGGAGUACGACCGAAGAAUACGACCGAUUUGGGUUUGCAGAUUGCCGAGCUUGCUACCGUUUCCCCACUAUACAAGUUGUACUCGUCCAUCACAUCCUGUACAACCACUCAGACACCCACCAAGCUUUCUCCAAUUGAUAACCUCGCCCUCAACAAGUCUACAGCAAUGUUCUUCGCAAAGACGCUCGUUACUGCUCUUCUCGCCAUCGGCGCCGUAAACGCGGCUGCAGUUACCAAUCCUGUCGCCGACGCUCAACUUGACAAGCAAAACUGCGAGGAGUGCCAUGGCGUUAAGGUAAAUCACAUCGAUCUUGUUAUGCUUUAG